AUGUCUUCACAAGGCCAGAGCCAAGGCACUGGCCAACCGUCUAACCGACUCCUACAGGGCCCUCCUUAUCUCAUCACCACGGUCGCCACCCUCGGCGGCACCCCCGUACCCUCAGUCGACGAUCCCAUCUGCGGCGUGCUCAUCGCCUUCUUCCUCGCCAGCGCCAUUUUCAACAUGACCAUCUACCAGAUCAAUCGGAAGCGCAACCACAAAUUCCUUUUCUCUGCGCUGUUUUUCGGCUUCUCUAUGGCUCGCAUUGUUGCCAACGCACUGCGCAUUGCUGUGGGAUCGGCGCCAACCAACGUCAAUCUUCGCAUCGCAUCUCAAGUCCUGACCAAUGCGGGCGUCAUAUUGCUCUUUGUCGUCAACCUACUAUUUUCUCAGCGCAUCUUCCGCGCCCACCACCCCCAACUCGGCUGGAGUAAGCCUGUCACAUUAGCAUUCCGCUCUCUCCUCUUCAGCAUCAUCGCUAUGCUUAUUAUGUCGAUAACUGUACUGGUAUACGGCUUCUAUACCAUCGACCCUAGUGUCCGCUCAAAACUUCGUACCAUCCAACUCUUUGCCGUUACUUAUAUUGCAAUACUUGCCUUCAUCCCAGCACCUAUUACUCUUCUUGCUAUUCUCCUGCCGCGCAAGGGUCCUGUAGAGAAUUUUGGCCAGGGCAGCAUGCAAACUAAGGUACGCCUUGUACUCUUCACGUCACUGCUACUCGCUUUUGGCGCAGGAUUCCGUGCUGGAGUAGCCUAUAUGGUACGUCCUGCUACCAACCCGGCUUGGUUUCAUCACAAGGCCUGCUUCUAUUUAUUCAACUUUGGCAUCGAAAUCAUCGUCGUCUACUCUUACGCUCUUUUACGCUUCGACCGCCGUUUCCACAUCCCCAAUGGCAGCAGCGACCCUGGUGACUAUUCUCAGGCACAAGACACGGCUAUAGCAUUAGAUGGCUCAGGGGUGCGGCUCAAUACCGGGUCCGAGGAGACCGUGAUAGACAAGGACGAGGCCCGCCGAGAAGGGGCAGAUGUCCAAGCUUUGGACAAGCGCGACAGGGCAUAG